AUGCCCUUCGACUUCAAGGCCUACGACGCGAAAUGCAACGCCCUCACCCCCGAGGAGCUCCAGCGCGAGUGGCAGCACUACACCCGCCUCAUCUCGGGAGCCUCCACCUCCACCGCGGUGUCCGGCCUCGCCCUACCCCUGACGUGCGGCGUGUCCGCCAUCGGUGUCGGCCUCGCCGCCCCCGCCAUCCACAACGCGCGCAAGAAGCGCGAGAUCAUCGAGAAGCACCUCAACAAGCACGGCACCACCCACAACACCCGGAAGCGCGAUGUCAUUGGCAGCGUCGCCUUUAGCGGCACCAUUGGCGUGGUCACUCUCGGUGUCGGGACCCUGGGCGCCGAUGCCAUCGUCGCCAACGGCGCGGAGCACGGCAUCACGGCUAUCGCCCAAAACGAGUUGGCCGUCAAGGUAGUGACGCACGCCGCCAUGGACGGUGCCGCCAUCGGCAUCGAGCACAUGCAUACGAGCCAUACCAAGAAGAAGGAGGCCGUCAAGGCGUUCCAAAGCGCCGGCGUCUUCCAAGCCGUCGCCGAUGCCAAGGCCGCCGAGGCGGGGUACGGACCCCAGCAGCAACAGCAGUUCGCGUAUGGACCUGGUGGUAAUCUGGCUCCCUAUGACGCGAGCUUGAACCCACCACCCGUGGGCUUCGUCUCGGACGCAAAGGCACCUGCUGGUCCGGAGCAAGUCAACUACCCGUACCCUUACACGCCCGACCCCGCCGCGGCAGCACAGCAACCCGCCGUAUACCAUUACGGCCCGGCCCAGCCCGCGUACCAACAAGCGCAACCCGCUCCCGGCGCUUACACCGCGGCUGCCGCAGUCCCUCAAGACCCCAACGCGCAACCAGUGACCUACCCGGCCUACGGUGUACCUCCCGAACAAUAUGCCGCUCAAACCAUCCCUCCCGCCCCGACUGUAGGAGAUUCGACGUCGAGGGAGGUGGGCCAAAACACCUCAGCCCAGAUCCCGACAUGCAACGGAACCACGCAGGCGUAUGCGGCGGGUACCUCCACGUACGACAUGAAGCCACUGGCCGACGCUCUGCCGUCAGCGAGCACGACGCACACGCACUCCGCGUACUUCGACCCAGCAGCGCCGUACCAAGCGAACCAGGAGCCACACCCGCAAGCCACCUCCGCCGCGGAAGCCCAGCCCAAGGAACUAUCCGGCGCCGCCGUCGCAGCAUCAGAGCCCCACCAGCAUAUCGUUACGCACGACAACACCAACUCUUCUGCCGUCCCGCCGGCUCAACCCGCGGCGCAACCCACCGUAGAGAACGGGAACGCGGUCAUGUACUCGUCCUUUUCCUUCCAAUCGUUCGACCACUACGAACUCCCCGGCGAGUCUGCUACCCGUGGCCCGGCCCCAACGAGCGACCAACCGGGCCAAGGCGCACAGCCCGCCGCCGAGCCUACUCAACCGAUCCACCCAGCGGUGCCCGAGCCGCAGACCUCCUACUUUGAUCCGCAGCCCACGGCCCAUCUCGCCUACGAAAGCACCGGAGCCUCGGGCUACUCGACGCAAACGACAUCGUCCACCGCCUCGCACACCUCGGCCUCGACCUAUGCCACCGAGUGCCCCACGCCCAUGACCACCUACUCGUACCCCGACACCCCGCUCCAAUCUUCAGUUUCGGCCUGCGCGACGCCCUAUCAGGGAUACCAGAGCUACAACCCGCAAGAUUACGCCGCGGUGCCAACCAAUAACCUUCCUCCGGCCCAGGCUGACCCGGUCGGAGGCUACGGCAACCCGGCGGUGGCGCCCGGUGCUGCACCAGCCGCCGGGUAUGGGCAGCCCCAGCCCGCUCGUCAGGAGUACCACUAUCGCCCUGCAAUUCCAGCCACGUCGGCGCCUCAGUAUCCCCAGUACCCGCAACAAGCCCAGCCCUUCCAACCGGAGAAUGCGCCCUUCCAGGCUUAUCAACCAGCUCAGGAGGCAGCCGGGCCAUCUGUUCCCCAACACCAAACAACGUAUCCAGAACAGGGCGCCUACGUCCAGCAACAACCAUAUCAGAACCAUAUUCCCGCGCAGCAGCCGACUUAUCAAGUUCCAGCGCAGCAAAUGGCGUAUCAAGCCCCGGUACAACAACAGGCAUAUCAAGUGCCAGUACAACAAGAGGCAUACCAAGCGCCAGUACAACAGCAGGAAUACCAAGCACAGCCAGUACAACACCAAGCCUACCAGCCUCCUGCUCCUGCCCAGGCCCAGCCCCAGCCUCCGCCGCAGCAGGAGGGUCAAUACCAGGCUUACGCGCCCUCCAACCCAGCUCCCCAGGCGCAAGCUUAUGGCCAGCCACAGGCGCCGCUUGGUCAGACAUACGCGCCUCCAACAGCAUGGAGCUGA